AUGGAGGGGACCCUUGAUGACGUCACAGCCUACGUGGGCCUCGAAGACAAGGCUGCGCGCACAAUUCAGCGAAAAAGAGAGUGUACCGUGGCUACCGAACUCGGCGAGAAAUUCAAGGUUGCGGAGUUGCAGCGUCUACAAGAGAGCUCGAGAGAUAAAGCUCAAAAAUCCGAUGAAGAGAGUGGAAUAAGAUUUGACGAAAGCGAUGACAAUGAUACAAGUCCUGCUCGCAAGAACUGGCAACGAGCCGUUAACGUUGCGAUUAGAGCCGGUGGGGAUGAUAAUCGACUGGCAGACUCCAGUACACAACCUGAAGAGAAGCCAUCUAGAAGACUCCAGCCUUUCAGAAAAGGAUCACCAAAGAUGAUAGAUCUACAAUAUUUCUUGGAGAUGGUCGACGCGAAACACCGCCAUGGUAGUAACCUCCGGGCUUAUCAUACCGUGUGGAAGAACUCUCCAUCGAACGAGAACUUCUUCUACUGGCUCGAUCAUGGCGAAGGAAAAGACUUGGACCUUCCGCAUCGUCCGAGACAAAGGCUUGAGAAACAGGAAGUACGAUAUCUGACUCCCGAAGAACGUUGGAACUAUAUGGUCAAGAUAGACGAUGACGGCUUGUUCCGAUGGGCGAAGAAUAAUGACCUUGUGGAGACAGACAGUAAACGCUUCAAGGACAGCCUCCACGGAGUGGUACGGAUCGAUGAUGAGACCCCCACAUUUCAAGGCAACUCAAUCGCCGAAAGUUCUGGAUCUGGAUUUGAAUCUGAGACAUCCUCAGCAUCUUCUCUCUCCCCUGAAACGCCUCCAGAUAGGGAAAGCAAUGGCGAGGCUCAGCUAUCCACACAGGAAGACUAUGAGCUCGAUAAGGCCGUCAAGAAGUUUUCUUAUAUCAAGCCAGAGGCAAUCUAUGAUCACUUUGCCAGCAGCCUCUCUGUAAAAGACGGGAUGUGGAUUUUUGUUGCCGACACAUCAUUUCGAAUUUACAUUGGAAUAAAGGAGCCCGGUGCUUUUCAACAUUCGUCUUUUCUUAGAGGUGGUCGUAUUGCCGCAGCUGGGAUGCUCAAGAUCCGACAUGGUCAGCUAAGAAGCCUGGCUCCACUGAGUGGCCACUAUCGACCCCAUGUUGCCAACUUCCGAGCUUUUCAUCACUCUCUACAAGAGCGAGGAGUCGACCUGUCACGGAUCUCUAUCAGCAAGUCUUAUGCCGUUCUGGCCGGAAUCGAGGGAUACACUUUGACCAAGCGCAAGGUGCAUUCAGUACAAGAGAAGCUCGGGGAGGUAAAACAAAAGCUCCAUCCGGGAUGUCGCAAUGGAAAAGGCUUCAGAAUAACGACUCGACCUUGA